GAGGAGCGUCAGCUCCGAGUGAAGAAGUUUGUUAAGUUUGACGGUGAGACUGAUCAGCUGACUCAGUGAUUGGUUCAGAGAGGUGAUGAUGUCAUCAGUUAAAGUAGAGAGCGUGGUGAAGGUGGGUGCUCUCAUUGGUGAAGGGCCGGUGUGGGAGGAGUCGGAGCAAACGCUGCUGUUUGUCGACAUCGUUGGAAAGAAGAUCCACCGCUGGAGCCCAUCGACCAAUCAGAUCCAGUCCGUGGAGACCAGUGACAUGGUCGGCUUCGCUGUCCCUCGCCGAUGUGGCGGUUACAUCGCUGGAGUUGGUCGAUGUUUCGUGGCUGUUGAUUGGUCAACUCAGGCGAUGACAUCACUGCUGGAGGUAGACGAGGACAAACCAAACAAUCGCCUGAACGACGGGAAGGUCGACCCAGUCGGACGCCUGCUGGCAGGUACCAUGGCCAGGGAGGUGAGACCAACUGAGCUGGAACGCAAACAAGGGUCUCUUUUCUCCGUGACGUCUGACCUCACUGUGAACAAACACCUGAGCCAGGUUGACAUCUCUAACGGGAUGGACUGGUCGUUGGAUCAGAAAACAUUCUUUUACAUCGACAGUUUGGCACUGACCGUUGAUGCAUUUGACUAUGACAUCAUCACAGGUCACCUAGGUAACCGUCGUGUGGUGUAUCGGAUGGAAGAAGGGGAGGGGCUCCCUGACGGGAUGACAAUUGAUGUAGAAGGUCAUUUGUGGGUCGCAUGUUAUAACGGUGGGCGUGUGAUCAACAUUGACCCAGCAACAGGUGUGCGGCUGCGCUCUGUGUCUCUCCCUGCCAUGAAAACCACUUCCUGUUGUUUUGGUGGUCCGGAUUUCUCUGACCUUUAUGUGACCUCUGCCAGUCUUGGCCUUGACCAGUCAGAGAUGAGACAGCAGAUGGAGGCGGGACACACCUUCAAGGUGACAGGACUUGGGGUCAAAGGUCGUCCACCAUGUCUUUUUUCUGGAUGAACUCCAGGAAGUUGAAGCAGCCAAUCACUGCACAGUUCACCUAUUCAGAGACUUUGAGCACUCUAAUUACCAUUAGUUUUCAUUAAUGAUCAAUAAUUAGGAAAUAACCAAUCAGUAAAAAUACUGAUACUUAAAAAUGUUCAUUAAUCUUAAAUAAAGUCAGUCUUCAUCAUCAUCAUCAUCA